CAGACAGAGAGGAGGUGUGGGAAUGCAGAAGGUUGUGAGGGGGAGCUCAAAGGGAGGAAAGAUGAAAAGUUGCAACUCCAGGGCUAUAUGUGCCACAUGCGACGGGAAGGAAUGUCUUUGUGAGGGGAGCUAAAAAGCCAACGAAGAGAGAGAAAGGAGGAGGAAGAGGAGGAGUGAGGACGCACAGUGGGAAGGCUUUCAGCCAAGGCUGCAGCGUGGCUCCAUGUGGAAAUGAAAGAGCCUCUCUCACACUUUUUCUGCUGUCUCUCCCUGUGCAUGGCUUUCACUCACUGCUGCAAGUGAGAGCGUCCAGAGCAAACAUAGGGAGAGUCUCAAGGUGACCUCGGUCUGGGAGUAAAUAUUUUUCUGAAACCUUGGACGAAGGUGACUUUGCUGUCCAAGCUGAAAAUAUUCUAUGACAUUUGCACAUGAAAUUGGGAAACUCUCUGAGUUUUGUGCGUUGAUGAUGUAACCCACUGUGUGCCCUCUGAGGUUCCCCUUGCAGACAGCUAUGACGCUGGGCUAGUGUGUUUUCAACCUUUCACGCUUCUAGAGACCAGCUGUAUCCUGUUGGAGACCGGUGUGUUUUCACAUCAAAGCUGCAUUGGUUAUUUAUUUACUUUCCGGGUGAAGGGAAAGACGAUCCUGAACAGAGUGACAGCAUGACUCUAUAUUCCAAUGAUUUGGUCCAUCAGAAGAACUUGCAGUGCACAGGUUUCCCUGCAUAUCUACUCCUCAUCCUGAUGCUGCUCCUCCAGGUCUGGAGGGGCAGCUGUCACCCACAAUGCUUGGAUUACAAACCUCCAUUUGGGCCUCAGCAGCCAUUAGUCUUCUGCACAGAUUAUACAAAGUUUGGAUGCUGCGAUUUGCAGAAGGAUGAAGAGAUAUCAAGGAAGUAUGACUUGAUUAUGGAAAAUUUUGACACUUGGGGUUCAGCGAAAUGUGGUAAAUAUAUACUCAACAUCCUCUGCCAGGAGUGUUCUCCAUAUGCUGCCCACCUAUAUGAUGCUGAGGAUGCCAACACACCAAUGAGGUUUCUGCCAGGGCUUUGUGGAGAUUACUGCUCAGACUACUGGCGGGACUGUCGAUACACACUCAGCUUGCUCCUGGAGGACAAGGGGAACCCACAACAGUUUGCAAACUUGACUGCCGCAAUAGAGGAGGACCGCAGACGUUUCUGUGACUUUCUGGAGCUCAAGGACAAACAGUAUUGCUACCCAAAUGUUUUAACAGAUGCAGAACUGAACGCUAACCUCGGAUUAGUACGGGAGGAUUCUACAGGCUGUCUGGAAGUGUGCCUGCAGGAAGUUGCCAAUGGUCUCCGCAACCCCGUGGCCAUGAUCCAUGCAGACGACGGGAGCCAUCGCUUCUUUGUUGCAGAGCAGCUGGGUUAUGUGUGGGUGUAUUUGGCUAAUGGCUCCAGGAUCGACCGUCCUUUCCUCAACCUCACCAAGGCUGUGCUCACGUCUCGAUGGACCGGGGAUGAGAGGGGAUUCCUCUGCAUUGCCUUGCAUCCAAGGUUCACCACAGUCAGAAAAGCAUAUGUUUACUACUCAGUGUCUGCGAAGAAGGAAGAGAGAAUAAGAAUCAGCGAGUUUACACUCUCAGACCACGAUGAUAACCAGCUCGAUCAUUCCUCUGAGAGAAUGAUCCUGGAGGUGGUGGAGCCAGCUUCUAACCACAAUGGUGGGCAGCUGCUUUUUGGCCAUGACGGAUAUCUCUACAUUUUUAUUGGAGACGGCGGACGAGCUGGAGACCCAUUUGGAAAGUUUGGCAAUUCACAGAACAAAUCAGCACUUCUUGGCAAAGUGCUCCGCAUUGACGUCGACAACAUUGAUGAAAGCACUCCAUACACCAUUCCCUCUGACAAUCCAUUUGUAGGGGAGCAGGGAGCAAGGCCUGAGAUUUAUGCCUAUGGAGUUCGCAACAUGUGGCGAUGCUCCAUUGACCGCGGUGACCCUGCUACAGGCGCAGGCAGAGGCAGGAUGUUUUGUGGUGAUGUUGGCCAGAAUAAAUACGAAGAGAUAGACCUCAUUGUUAAAGGAGGAAACUAUGGAUGGAGGGCCAAAGAAGGCUUCAGCUGUUAUGACCGCAAGCUCUGCCAGAACUCAUCUCUGGAUGAUGUUUUGCCCAUCUUUGACUACCCCCAUAAACUGGGGAAAUCAGUGACAGGCGGAUACGUCUAUAGAGGUUGCGAGAUGCCCAACCUGAAUGGACUUUACAUCUUUGGAGAUUUCAUGAGCGGACGUCUAAUGUCUUUGAAGGAGAACGAGGCUACAGGUGAAUGGCAGUAUAAUGAGAUCUGCAUGGGAAGAGACCAGACCUGCAAAUUUCCCAAACUCAUCAACAGUUACUAUAGAUACAUAAUCUCCUUUGCUGAAGACGAAGCAGGAGAACUAUACUUCUUAUCCACAGGAGUCCCAAGUGCCACAGCCAGAUCUGGAGUCAUCUAUAAAAUAGUGGAUCCUUCCAGACGAGCACCACCUGGAAAAUGCAGCAUCAAGCCUCUGCCUGUGAAGAUAAAGGGAAAACUCAUUCAUUUCUACCCCAGAGAGGAGUUUGUCGUCAACAAGAAACCAACCACGACACCUCUUCCCACCACGACCACUCCGAAAUCCACAACUACGAAAAAACAGACAAUACGGAGACCAAUAAUUAUAAGAAAACCUCCGAUGCCAACAAGACAAACAAAAGGGAAAAUAGCUCGACCGCAGCCAACAGGAGCAGCAGAAAGAAAGACGACGCAGUCUGCACCGAUAAAGACUACGUCGACCACAACAGUAAAACCGACUUCUGUCCAGAGGGGCGCAACAAUCCCUGUCACAACGCCGUCCACUGGUUAUCGUGCAACCAUCAUGACUCCAGUCCGCUCUAGGAUUUCUCAAACCUCAAUCAGCAGCACAACUUCAACAAAAAGACAUUGGAGACCUCCUACACCUACACACCCUGCUAGUGCCACCUCCCCACCUUUAAACCCACCACAAUUCCCUUCUCCUACUACAUUUCAGUCUCUGACAACAACAUGGGCACCUUAUACAAGCCAGACAGCCAACAAGCCCCCGAAAACACCAGUGAGCAGCACCACGUUACCUAAAGUCCGGAAUGAAAAACUGUGGCCUGGAGCAAAGUCGCAAAGUGCUGGAGAGACCAACCAAGUCAACAAAAGGCUAAAAGGUCGAGGACGUGGUAACAAGCGAGGAAAAGGAGGAAGGCUUCCUUCUGGCUCUGUGCGGCUUGUGAGCGCAGACAGCAUGCCAGAUCGAGGCAGGGUGGAGAUCUUCAUCAGAGGAGAGUGGGGGACGGUGUGUGAUGACCUGUUCACGAGGAAGGCAGGUACUGUCGUAUGUCGGCAGCUCGGAUACACAACUGCGCUGACGGUGAUGAAGAGGGCCGCGCUGGGCGAGGCCAGCAGCAGGGUCAGGAUCCUGCUGGAUGAUGUGGAGUGUGAGGGUGAGGAAAGAUCCCUGCUGGAAUGCAAGAGGUCAAAGGUGGGGAAACACAACUGUUCUCAUGAGGAGGAUGUAGGGGUGAUCUGCGGUUAGCAGACAUAAAGAAGAAGAAGAAGAGGCUGCCACAUCUAAAGUUUUAUUCUUGAUUUUCUGAAAAGUAAUGUGUUGUUUCCGUUUCUGAAAACUAGAAAUGACCUGGUAUGCUUGAUCGGGUUUCCCAAUAGGCGAGUAUUGUUUUCUGUAUCUUCUGGUUUCGUUCAGUUUUACCAGUUACCUUAAAGCAGUGGAUUUAAAUUGGAGUUUGUGAGAGCUGGCAUCCUGCAGCUUUUAGAUGUGUUCAUUGUCCUACACACUUGAAUUAAAAGGCCAAACUGGAUCACUAGCAUCACAGUCAGUCUCUGCAGAGCUCUUCUAAUGACCCAAUAUUGUAACCAGGUGUGCUUAAGCAGAGAGAUAUCUAAAGUUGCCAGACACCAGCCUUUGAGGACCGGAGUUUGAGAUCGCUUGCCUUAGAGCAAUGUUUCUCAACUCCGGUCCUCGCGCCCCCCUGCCUUGGCUGUUUUAGGUGUUUCCCUUCUGCCACGCACCUGGCUUGAAUCUGUGAGAGAUUAAGUGGCCUCUGCAGCGCUUGGCGGCUGCUGAAGAGGUCAUGCAAUCAUUUGAAUCAGGUUUUCUGGAACAAAGACACAUCUAAAAUAUUCCUGAGGACUGGAAUUGAGAAACACUUCCCUAGAGCAGCAGCAAGGUGAAAAAAAUAUGUUUUGUAAAGUGGCAGUGGCCCAACAUGCCUCGGGGGGAAAUGUACUUCAUGAUUUUAAUCAACACCAGAAACUACUUUCAAAUAAGGACACACGUGAUUUCAAAGUGUGUGUGUUGUUAAAAAAUGUCUAACCCACUAUAGAAAACAUAUGUAAAUCUGGGAUCCAGAAACUUGGCAAGUUGUCUUUCUGUUAAUAGUUUUCUGCUGAUUGCUUUUUUUUUUUGUUGCUAUUUCUGAGUCAGCAGAACAAAACAAACGCAUCAAUAUGGAAAGACAUCAGUGAUAAAAUGUUACAUUUUCCUGUGUUUGAAAAUUUAUGAUUUUCAAACUUUUUUCAUGUUUGUUUACAUGCACAUUUAUUUUUUCUAAUUGCCACUGUUUGUCAUAUUUAAGUUUUAUAUUAGCCUCCUCAAAAUCAUGGAAUAAAUGUCAUUUUGCUCCAUCGAUCUGCUGUUAACUAAGGUAACGUUUGUCAAAGCAACAACAAAAUUAUAUUCACUUGUGCAGAAUCUGCGACACUGAUUUUGAUAAACUCCUUGAUUAAUGAAGAAACCAACCAAACCAGUAUUUCAAAUAGAAAACGAGACAGAAAUAAAUUGUUUUUUAUUAAAAACCAAGUCUUGUUGUUGCCAAAUAUGUAUUUUUACAUUUUACAGUUUCAGAAUAUUUUGUACACUCAAGUUGUAAAUUGUUAUAAUAAACUUUCUGAAACACUGAA